CCAAAUAAAGAAAUGUAAACGACUUUACUACACCUACCGACACGCCCUCCCCAAGCGCAGCCUCUCUCGACCGGUUCAGCCUCUCUCGAGUCUCAACCCCCUGUUAUAGGAACCUCCGAAUUCAUCUCGGGUUCGGAUCCGGCCUCUCGUCGGAGCAGAGAUGUCAGUAGAGUCGAGCACUGGUUCGGGGGAGCACAACAUCAGAGGAGUACCUACUCAUGGUGGACGCUAUGUUCAGUACAAUGUCUACGGUAACCUCUUCGAAGUCUCCAGAAAGUAUGUCCCUCCCAUCCGCCCCGUUGGGAGAGGUGCGUAUGGUAUUGUUUGUGCUGCUGUAAAUAUGGAGACAAGGGAGGAGGUUGCGAUCAAGAAGAUUGGCAAUGCAUUUGACAACCGAAUAGAUGCAAAAAGGACCUUACGUGAGAUUAAGCUUCUUCGACACAUGGAUCAUGAAAAUGUUAUAGCUAUCAAAGACAUUAUUCGACCUCCGCUAAGGGAGAAUUUUAAUGAUGUCUACAUUGUUUAUGAAUUAAUGGACACUGAUCUUCAUCAAAUAAUACGUUCGAAUCAACAAUUGGCUGAUGAUCAUUGUCGGUAUUUUCUGUAUCAAUUGUUACGAGGGCUCAAAUAUGUACAUUCGGCAAAUGUUCUGCAUCGUGAUUUAAAGCCUAGCAAUUUGCUCUUGAAUGCUAAUUGUGACCUUAAGAUUGGAGACUUUGGCCUCGCUAGGACGACGUCAGAAACAGAUUUCAUGACUGAAUAUGUUGUUACUCGCUGGUACCGAGCUCCAGAACUGCUGCUAAAUUGUUCAGAGUACACUGCGGCAAUUGAUAUAUGGUCAGUGGGUUGCAUACUCGGCGAAAUCAUGACAAGAGAACCUUUAUUUCCUGGGAGAGAUUAUGUUCAUCAACUGAGACUGAUCACAGAGCUCAUAGGUUCUCCUGAUGACUCUAGCCUUGGUUUUCUACGAAGUGAUAAUGCCCGAAGAUACGUUAGACAGCUUCCUCAAUACCCAAGGCAAAAAUUUGACUCUAGAUUUCCAAAUAUGGCUCCUGGUGCUAUUGAUUUGCUGCAGAAGAUGCUUGUAUUUGAUCCUAACAGGCGCAUUACAGUUGAUGAGGCACUGUGCCAUCCAUACUUGGCUCCUCUUCAUGAUAUCAAUGAGGAGCCUGUUUGCCCCAGGCCUUUCAGCUUUGAUUUUGAGCAGCCAUCAUUUACUGAGGAAAAUAUCAAGGAACUCAUCUGGAGGGAAUCUGUAAAAUUCAAUCCAGAUCCCUGAGGAUUAUUACUGUAUUCUAUGACUCCAAAAUAAGACAAUGCUUAUAUAGAAUCAUCUGAUUCCCUAAGAAAGAAGAUGACAAACUUUGGUCAUUGUAUCGGGAUUGACUUGCGAAAUUUUUUUGUGAGAAAGUUAGACUUUCACGUUUUGAUAUUGGUAAAUUGAAACAUGUAGCAGAUCAUGGGAGAAUCCUCUCAAGUUCUCAGCAGAAUCCCAGUAAUUGUGCAGUAUGUAGUUGGUGAGUUGGUGCUGGCUUCAUCCUUCGGCUCUAGUCCUGGGAAGUGAGCACCAAGGUUGUUGCUUUGAACUGAUGCUGCAGGUAACAUUUAACUUGACAAGGAGUGCAGAAUUAUCUGUGCAUUCUUGGAUUGGGGAUUUAUACAUGGUUGUGAAGGUUAUUUUCUGUAUCUGAAAGCGAAUAUGUGUGCGCUUUGACUAGUUAGGUGUUUGUCUAUCAUCUUUUCUUAUAUCUGUUUGACGUGAGACUGCCAUAAUCAGUACGAUAAUCCUGAGGAGGUCAUUUGAGUUACUUCCUUUAUUAAGCUUUAGUUGAAGGUUCUUUCUA